UGAGAUCAAAAGCCUUAAACCAGGGUCUCUGUGAGGCAACAUAAUCCUGGUACAACAGGGUUCAUAGACUGCGCAGUACGGUGUUUGAGGAUUUUGCAGAGCCGGAGGAUCCAACAUGCCCCCUGCAACAGCAACCAAACUGGGCUACACACCACCAGAUGGAGGCUGGGGCUGGGCUAUUGUCUUUGGGGCUUUCAUCUCCAUAGGAUUCUCCUAUGCCUUCCCCAAGUCCCUCACCAUCUACUUUAAGGAGAUCCAGGAAUACUUUUCAGUUUCCUACAGUGAGAUUGCCUGGCUGUCCUCAGUCAUGCUUGCUUCUAUGUAUGCAGGAGGACCUGUGAGCAGUAUACUUGUCAACAGGUAUGGCAGCAGACCUGUGGUCAUGGUUGGUGGGCUCAUGGUUAGCACUGGCAUGGUGCUUGCCUCCUUUGGCACGUCUAUCAUGCAUCUGUAUCUCUGCGUUGGAGUUAUUGGAGGUUUUGGCCUCGCCUUCAACCUUCAGCCGGCCCUGACGAUCAUAGGUACCUACUUCCAGGUCAAAAGGCCGCUGGCGAACGGGCUCGCCAUGACAGGAAGUCCAGUGGUUCUGUUCACUCUGGCUCCUCUCAAUCAGUUUUUAUUUGAUUCUUUUGGCUGGAGAGGGAGCUUCCUCAUCCUGGGAUCAAUUGUGCUCCACUGCUGUGUAGCCGGCGCUUUGAUGAGACCAGUCAACAAAAAUGCCAAACCCCAACCAAACAGUGAGCCAGCAGAGUGUAACGGGGCAGCCACUGAGGAAGCUGCUCCUUCAGACACCAGUGCACAGUCAGCUAACCUCAUGACUGAAGAAAGCCAAGAUGAGAGCAAGAGUCAGAGCUGUGUGCACAAAUUCAUAGAUCUCUCACUCUUCAAACACAGGGGCUUCCUCAUUUAUCUCAUUGGUAAUGUGGUCAUGUUUUUGGGGUUUUUCGCGCCUGUGGUUUUUCUAGCUCCGUAUGCCAAACAUCAAGGGAUUGAUGAAUAUUCAGCAGCCUUCUUGCUCUCUAUUUUUGCUCUGGUGGACAUGUUUAUCAGACCAGCAACUGGCCUCAUUGGCAACACCAAGUUGGUUCGACCACGGAUCCAAUACUUUUUCAGUUUUGCAGUUUCAUACAAUGGGGUGUGCCACCUUAUAUGCCCAUUGUUACCUGGAUAUGUGGGUCUGGUUGUUUAUGCAGUCUUCUUUGGUUUGGCGUUUGGGAUGCUCUCUGCACUGCUUUUUGAAGUUUUGAUGGAUCUUGUUGGAGCUCAUCGCUUCUCCAGUGCAGUAGGACUUGUCACCAUCAUCGAGUGUGCACCCGUGCUUCUUGGACCUCCACUUUCAGGAGCUCUGGUUGAUCGUUUCGGGGACUACAAAUACAUGUACUACGCAUGUGGAGUGUUCAUGCUGACGCCCGGCAUAUUUUUCUUCAUCAUGCACUAUUAUAACUACAAGAAGCUGGACGAGGAGCGGAGCAAGAGUGCAACUGUGGAGAUGAGGACUUGUACAACUUAGAAUGAGCCCCUAUGGUAAAACUGCACAUGAAACAGAUGGAUGCACUUGCUGACUAUGAAUUUAUUUUAGUGGAUGUAGAAAGAUGACACUGCAAAGGCUCUUUACAGCAGGACAUACAGUAUAUGGAGUAUUGUUAUUGUUGAUGGCACUUCUACUUUGGAGAAGUUGUUGGACUCUGUGGACCUUUUCUACACGGAUCAAUAUUUGGUAUUUUAAUGGUUAUUUUAUAUACAUUAUUGUUAUAUCAUGUGCCAACAACAACUCUAAUGGCCUUAAAACAUCUAGAAAUGCUGCAGUUUCUUCCAAUGCAAUUACCAUAAUGGCUUUAUAGAGUAAUAUUAUUCCUCUUUCUU